AUGCUCAUCUAUGAACUACAUAUGGCCGACCCAAUUGACAAAUUAGCGGCGCAGUAUUUCCAGCUCGUAGAGCUGCCGAAUCUGGCAUUGCCGCCAGGCUCUGUGCUGAUCCAGCCAGCCGUGCAAGCAGCUCUAUACGAGCGCAUGUUCAACGAAAACGUCUUUCCUAUCCCACCAGACAGCUACCGAAGCCGAGUGCUGAAAGAGAUUCUCUCGCGAAUCGAGGAAUCAAUCACUGACCCAGAGGAGGAUGAGAUCAACGACGAUCUCAUGGAAUGCUGGAGCACACUAGUCUCCCAGCCGAAACCAUCAGCCCUACAGCAAGCGCAGCAACUAUCGCUUGUCAAGUACACAGCACCUUUAUCCAGUGGGACACCAUCUCCGCGCACAGUCACGAUUUCCGAAUCACGGGGCUUGAUUCUAUCCGGCGGCACGACCGGAAAUCGAACAUGGGAGGCUGCUCUGCACCUCGGCUCGUUCCUUGUAUCCGAAGCGGGCGAAGCGCUCGUGCGCGGUAAGAGGGUUAUUGAGCUCGGCGCUGGCACCGGGUUUCUGUCGCUUCUUUGUGCACGGCAUCUUGGUGUGCGCUCGGUUGUUGUGACUGAUCGGGAGCCGGUUCUUAUUGAUAAUAUACGUGAUUGCGUGCGGCAUAAUUUGCAAGGGAAAGAGUCUAUUCCUAUUUAUCCUGCUAUUUGGGAUUGGGGCACUCCGUUGGAGAAGUCGGGGGACCUUGCUGGAUUGAUUUCCGAGGGCGGGGAGACCGGUUUGACCUUUGAUAUUGCACUUGGUGCUGAUCUAAUCUAUGAUACGGACCUUGUUCCAUUGCUCGUUUCCACUGUGCGUGAUCUCUUCGAGAACUAUCACAUUAAGGAAUUCAUCAUUGCUGCUACGCUGCGCAACGAGGAUACUUUCCGCACGUUCUUGGUUGCUUGUGAAACCAACUCAUUCACAGUUGAAACUCUUCCGUUCGAGUCUACCCCAUCAGAAGACCAGACGGGCUUCUUCCAUUCGACCAGCAUCCCGAUUCGGACGUAUCGGAUUACGCGGAGGCAAUGA